AAGAAACCUGAAUCCGGAUGCAAGUAUAUAAAUUACUUUGAAUUAGAAGGGCUAGAAAUACGCAUUUCCUUCAAUGUAUAUAUAUUUCCAAACUACAUAUAGCAAUACACUAAGCAAACAAUAUAUAUGUAAUGUGAACCAAUCCAGUGUCAAACUGUUAAAAUGGAAAUGUGUCUAUAUUAUAUGUGAUAUUUAUUUAGAAAUUUAUAAAUAUGAGUAAUCAUGGACAGAAUCAAGGAAGUCAUAUACGCUUUAACGACAAUGUUUCUUUUGAUCCCCAUGCUGUCCACUGUGUGUUACAUGACCCAUCCUGUGGAGAAGUACACUUAGGCUUGUUACAAGCUUUACACACUUAUAUUGUAUCAUUUGAUAUGCCACAUCAACUGGGCAACUUGGCUAUACCACCACUUCAGACUCCAACUGUUACAGUUAUGUCAUUAAGACCUAUUGAAGAUCAAUGUGGCCACCAUGUCACUUUGGAAGUGAAAUGUAACGAAGACGGAUUUCUGGAUGAAGCAAUCGUGUUUGAAAACAAAAGUGAGCAAACAUUUACACUUAAGAUACGUUCCAAAUUAAUGGGAAACCACAUGGGUACACCGGCAUUAAAAUCUGGUGUGAAGUUGUUGCACAAAGCGCUGGAUGUGUCGUCAGAUGCUGCGUCAGACUGGCAGGGCUUUGAAUGAUCUUUUUAAGAAUUUAGUAUUUUGGCAAUAAAUAGGUUAUAUUUGAAUUAAAUAUUAAAAAACAAAAUAUUGUGCACUUUAAGACGUAAAAGUUAAUUUUGUAUGAAUCUUAGACAUGUUUGUAUUAUGUUAGUUUAGAGUUGUAACGUAUAGUUUCAUUCUCACAACAAUGUCAUAUUAAUAUGUACGAUACUUAGGAUUGUGUACAUACAAACUGUUAGCAUUGUGAAAGUUUAUUUGGAACUUCUCAUCAUUUGCUGCGACUUUAGCUGACGUAAUGUUUUUUAUUAUUAUUUUUUAUGUACAUAACGUUGUGUAAAUUUAAACACGUGAAUAUAUAAGAGACCAUA